CAUUAUCUAAGCAUAAGUCGACGGAGGUUCGCGUUCGAGGCAGCCAUCGCAAAACUAUGUCUGCAACUGCCAAAGUCCACUCACACCAAUCCAAUCGCGCAAAGCCAGCAGAAUCACAGAAAAAGGUUGUUUUUAAGCCCGUUCUUGACAAUCCUUUCCGGGUUUAUUGGCCAUCCGUACCAGUCAACCUACAAAAUCUCAUUCUAGCGCAAACGUCCACUCUUCUUGAUGGCAUAGCGGAAUAUCAGCGUUUGAAAGGUAUCAUCCAACGUAAACGAAAGAGAGGCAAAUGUGAUGAAAGUGGAGGCAAUAUCGAAACACCACCGAUUCUAUCGCACUUGACAGUGGGUAUCAACGCUGUAACGAAGCGUUUGGAAGGUCAACUUGGACGACGGAAAAACCUCGUCAAGAUAACAUCUGCUUCUGAUUCGAUAACCCUUCAGGACGAUAGUCUUUCCUCGAGCACUCUGGCGUCGAUUCGAGUGGUACUCGUUUGUCGAGCAGACGUCAAUCCACCCAUCUUAAUUGACCAUAUUCCUCAUAUCGUUGCAGCUUUCAACUCCUCCUUACCUUCGCACCAAGAAAAAGAAAAACCGAUACUACUUUCCCCACUUCCAUCCGGUGCAGAACACACUCUAGCAGAGUUACUUGGGCUGAGGAGGGUAGCUGUUUUGGCGUUCGAUGAUGAAACGCCAAAUCUCGCGGUACUUCUCAAAGACUCUGAGAAAAUACCUGUUAUUACUGCUCCUUGGCUCGUACCUUUGCAACCGCAGCAGAUUAUCCCCACACAUAUAAAGCAAGUGCGGACUACUGCUCCUAAGGAUAUGAAGGUCGCGAAGGAACAAAGGGCGGCUGGUAGAAAGGCAGCGAAGGCAAAGAAGAAGGCAAAGAAGACAGAUGUCGCCUAAUGCUAAUCAAAGGAGGUUUUCUGUUCCAUCCCCAUUUCGCGUCUUUUCAGAGUCGAUCACGUUGCGAUUCGGUAGACAAGUGUAGAUAAGGUCGAAUUCUCUAGAGGCCAGAGCCACGUCUGCCUGUGUAAUCGUCCUUGAAGCUUCAGCUGAAUGAAAGCAAUUGUAUGUGAUUCUGUUACAAUAAGAUCGAGG